AUGGACGAAAGGCGCGGUCCUUCAGACGCCUCUCCGUAUGACUUCACAGGUGUUGUGUUGAACGAUGUUAUUCCUAAGCGCGACAAGCCAUGGUGGAGAGAUGCCAGACUAUUGCAGCUCAAUACUCUUCUCUUGUGUGCGCUUCUCACUCAAACCGCCCAAGGAUUCGACGCUAGCAUGAUCAAUGGUAUGCAAGCAUUGCCAGCAUGGAUCAAAUUCUUUGGGGAGCCUGCGGGAGCUCGCUUGGGUGCAAUGACUUUCGGCCCACUGGGAGGAAUUUUGAUUUCUAUUGUGAUAUCAUCUCAACUUUGUGACUGGUUUGGAAGAAGAUAUCCUAUCUGUGGUGGCUCUAUAAUCAUCAUUAUUGGGUCAGCUAUUCAGGCUGCUUCAGUCAACUAUGCUAUGUUUGUCUUUUCUCGUUUCUUUGUCGGCUUCGGACUGGGAAUUGUUUCGGUCGCUGCACCGCCGCUGCUCUCGGAGGUGGCAUAUCCACCACAUCGAGGUAAAAUGGUCUCGUUUUAUCUGGUAUCAUGGCCUUUAGGCUCUCUCAUCGCAGCAUGGGUGACCUACGGUACGUUUCAAAUGGCGACUUCUUCGUGGAGCUGGAGACUGCCGAGUCUUUUGCAAUGCAGCUUUUCCGUGAUCCAGGCAAUUCUCAGUCUGUUUGCUCCUGAGUCUCCGCGAUGGCUCAUCUACAAAGGCCGCAGCCAAGAGGCUCUCGAAAUUUUCAUUAAAUACCACGGCGAUGGAGAUCCUCAGUCUCGCUUGGCGCACUUCGAAAUGGCUGAGAUUACAGCGACCUUGCAAAUGGAGAAAAUGCAGCACAAGUCACGCUGGGGAGAAUGGUUAUCGACUAAGGGCAAUCGUCACCGUCUUUUCCUGGCUUUAUAUAUCCCUGCCAUGCUUCAAUGGUCUGGCAAUGCUCUCUCCUCAUACUAUCUACCCAAAGUUCUUGAUACCAUCGGCAUCACGGCUUCCAAAACCCAACUCAUUAUCAACGGCUGCAUCUCUAUCUGGAGUCUUCUGUCAGCUUGCUUUUUCGCCUCAAUGGUUGACCGUGCUGGUCGAAGGGGACUUUACCUUUUUGGCAUGGCUGGGAUGGGGAUCUCGUAUAUUAUUUGGACCAUUUGCUCCGCAAUUAACGAGCAAAAGAAUUUCAAAGACCACAGCUACGCUGGUGCGGUGCUGGCUAUGAUCUUUAUAUACACCGGACUUUAUCAUUCCUGUGCUCCAAUUUCCCCGACAUACAUCAUGGAAGUGGUGCCUUACUCUCUGCGAUCCAAGGCAUCUAUGCUGUACCAACUCACGGGAAACCUCGCAUCGCUAUACAAUAGCUUCGCGAAUCCAGUCGCUAUGGACGCUAUCGGAUGGAAAUACUACAUUGUAUGGGUCGUUAUGAUCGCGAUUCACCUUACAAUCAUUUACUUUUACUUCCCUGAAACUAAGAACCGUGGUCUUGAGGAAGUAGCUGAAAUUUUCGACGGGCCGAAUGCCCUUUCUGGAACGAAUGCUAUGAAACAGAUGGGACUAGAUGUCAAUGCAGAGAAUGCUGUCGAGGUUGGCAAAGAUCCCAAGUUGGGUGUCGAGCAGGUUGAACGCGUUUGA